AUGUCAUCGAGGCCUUUUGAAAGUCCACCUCCGUAUAGACCUGAUGAAUUGAGAGUGAGGCUGCCAGAGAUUGGACGAGACACUGGAUGGGCCACUGUAGGUGUCAUAUCUGAAUGCACUGGUCUCACAUCACACAAGCCAAGGGGUUGACAUCAUUGUUCUAAACUGCUUGGGUGCCCUCCCCAGGGAUUACAGGUUAACUGGUGUGGAGUGCUCCAGCUGGGGAUUAUGCACAUUCCCCAGCAAACCCAAUCAUUACGCACCAAGCAAUGAUGUCUAUGGUGGAGACAUGCACGUUCGACCCAUGCUUUCUCAGCCGGCGUAUUCUUUCUACCCAGAAGAUGAAAUUCUUCACUUCUACAAAUGGACCUCUCCUCCAGGAGUCAUUCGGAUUCUGUCUAUGCUCGUUAUCGUGAUGUGCAUUGCCAUAUUUGCCUGUGUUGCCUCCACACUUGCCUGGGAUCGAGGCUAUGGAACUGGUGUACUGGGUGGUGGUCUAGGCUACCCUUACAGCAGUGGCUUUGGGAGCUACGGAAGUGGCUAUGCCUAUGGUUAUGGCUAUGGUUAUGGCUAUGGAGGCUACACAGAUCCAAGAGCAGCAAAGGGCUUCCUCCUGGCCAUGGUGGCCUUUUGUUUCAUUGCUGCAUUGGUAGUAUUUGUUACCAGCGUAAUACGAUCUGACAUAUCUAGAACAAGAAGAUACUACUUGACUGUCAUAAUACUGAGCGCUAUCCUGGGCAUCAUGAUGUUUAUUGCCACAAUUGUCUAUAUAAUGGGAGUAAACCCAACUGCCCAGGGUUCUGGGUCUAUGUACAGUGCACAGAUAUAUGCCAUCUGCAACCAGUUUUAUGCAUCUGCAACUACUGGACUUUACAUGGAUCAAUAUUUGUAUCACUACUGUGUGGUGGAUCCCCAAGAGGCAAUUGCGAUUGUACUGGGGUUCAUGGUUAUCGUGGCUUUUGCUUUAAUAAUUUUCUUUGCUGUGAAAACUCGAAGAAAGAUGGACCAGUAUGACAAGUCGAAUAUUUUGUGGGACAAGGAACAUAUUUAUGAUGAACAACCCCCCAAUGUUGAAGAGUGGGUUAAAAAUGUGUCUGCAGGCACACAAGACAUGCCUCCCCCCCCUUCUGAAUAUGUGGAGAGAGUGGACAGUCCCAUGGCCUACUCUUCCAAUGGUAAAGUGAAUGACAAGCGGUUGUAUCCAGAGUUUUCCUAUAAAUCAACACCGGUGCCCGAAGUGGUGCGGGAGCUGCCGGUGACCUCAGCUGUGGGCGACCUCAGGCAGCCUCACUACAGCAGCAGCAGGAACUUGGAGACGCCUUCCAAGAGGGCCCCUACGAAAGGCAGGGCGGGCAAGGCCAAGCGGCCGGAGCAGGACCACUACGAGACAGACUACACAACUGGCGGCGAGUCGUGCGACGAGCUGGAGGAGGACUGGAUCAGGGAAUAUCCACCCAUCACUUCAGAUCAACAAAGACAACUCUACAAGAGAAAUUUUGACACUGGCCUGCAGGAAUACAAGAGCUUACAAGCAGAACUUGAUGAGGUCAAUAAAGAACUCUCUCGUCUGGAUAAAGAAUUGGAUGACUAUAGAGAAGAAAAUGAAGAGUACAUGGCUGCUGCUGAUGAGUACAAUAGACUGAAGCAAGUUAAGGGAUCUGCAGAUUACAAAAAUAAGAGGAAUUAUUGCAAACAGUUGAAGAGCAAAUUGUCACACAUCAAGAAGAUGGUCGGAGAUUAUGAUAGACAGAAAACAUAGAAGGUCUGCCACACGGUUUGAGAGAUUAAGAAGUAUUUGACAUCUCUGCAAUGUUGUCAAGAGGCAAAAUGACUUUGGAUUUUAACCCAGGAGGCCAAAUCUUUGUGAUCAUUACAAAGUUUUGGUAGCUUUAAUUCAUCAGUAUUGAGUAUUGAAGCAUUUUAUAAAUAGCUUUUGAUAAUCAACUGGGCUGAACACUCCAAUUAAGGAUUCUGUGCUUUAAAAUUCAUCUAUUGUAUUAAGGACUGACUGACUACAGGUUGAGGUUUUUAAACCUUGAAGGAACGUCCCACGGUGACCUGUGCUGUGAACUUGCACAGUCU